GUUUUUGAGGAAGCAACCAAAGACUAAAAACCAAGAACCCAAAACCCUCAAGAGAGGAAAAGGAAAAUGGCAGUGAAGAUCAGAUUAGAGAGAUGUGGAUGCAAAAACAGACCAUUUUAUAGGAUCAUUGCUGCUGAUAGCAAGUCCCCUAGGGAUGGCAAGCUUCUUCAAGUCCUUGGUUUCUAUGAUCCCUUGGCUGGUAAAGAUGAUGACAAGCGAAUUGGGCUUAAAUUCGACAGAGUGAAUUAUUGGUUAUCAGUUGGUGCUCAGCCUUCAGACCCCGUGCGGCGCAUACUUCUCAAUGCAGGUUUACUAUCCCCACCACCAAUGGUGGUAAUGGGACACAAAAACGGACCAGGUGACAGACGUCCUGCUGAUCCUGUGAUAGGCGAUGCAUAACUUGGAGUAGCUCCAUCACUUGCAAAAAGUUCUGCACAUGUUGUGUAUUUGUUUAAAUUGAUGGCAGUAGGUGAAACUACCAUGAAAGUCUUUCUUCUGAAAUGAACUCUUCUAAGCAUGGAAAGCACUCACUAUGUUCAUAGCUAUAAUAUUUUAGGUUAUUUGAAUGAACUCCAUAUGUGUCUUGCUCUAGUUCAUACCAGUAUGUAUUUUAUUUCUAAUCUGUAUGAACUUGAGACAACUAUUACAUGCCCUGGUAGGCUGGAAUUAUCUAAAGGACACCUAUUAUGGGUGAUCGACUUGUCUUUUCUUGUUA